ACUACACCAUUUUUUGACAUAUCAGCUGGUAGACGGCUGGUAGUAAAAAAAUAGAACAUUUCCAAAACCAGUCAGUGUUUAAAUUUCAGUUAGUUAUUAGUAUUCUGUGUCACGGGUUUUAAAUAAGAGCUUGUGGGAAAUAUUACCUGCAUGUACAAUUUUGCUAGUUAAGUGAAUGGUAAUUGGUACUGAUAAUGAUGUUUUCUAAGGGAGUUUUGCCGCGACAAAGUGGCAAAGUUACUAAAUUAGUCUUGGUAGAAAUCCAAAAAAGAUGUUUCCACAUAUCUCCCUUGGCAGCAGCUGCAUCCAAAGUUGCUAUGAGCAACUUUGACAAGGAUCAAUACUUACCAUAUGAAAAGCUGGUAAAAAAUCUAGAAGUAGUUAAAAAACGUUUGGGAAGACCACUUACUGCAUCUGAAAAAAUUUUAUAUUCACAUCUAGAUGAACCAGACAAACAAGACAUAAAAAGAGGCGAAUCAUAUUUACGAUUACGACCUGAUAGAGUUGGUAUGCAAGAUGCAACCGCCCAAAUGGCUAUGUUGCAGUUUAUUUCAAGCGGCUUACCAAAAGUUGCAGUACCGAGUACCAUUCACUGCGAUCACUUGAUAGAAGCACAAGUGGAAGGCAAACAAGAUUUGGAACGUGCAAAGGAUUUAAAUAAAGAAGUGUAUAAUUUUCUUGCAAGUGCGGGUAAAAAAUAUGGGGUUGGAUUUUGGAAACCAGGCUCAGGAAUUAUUCAUCAAAUUAUUCUUGAAAAUUAUGCUUUUCCCGGCUUACUCAUGAUUGGUACCGAUUCCCAUACACCAAACGGUGGAGGCUUAGGAGGUUUAUGUAUUGGGGUAGGGGGUGCUGAUGCAGUCGAUGUCAUGGCAGACAUACCAUGGGAAUUAAAAUGUCCUAAAGUUAUAGGUGUUAAAUUGACCGGAAAAUUAUCUGGUUGGACCAGUCCUAAGGAUAUCAUCUUGAAAGUAGCCGACAUUUUGACGGUCAAAGGCGGUACUGGUGCAAUUGUGGAAUAUUUCGGCCCAGGUGUUGAUUCGAUUUCAUGCACAGGAAUGGCCACAAUUUGUAACAUGGGUGCCGAAAUCGGCGCUACAACAUCCGUUUUUCCUUUUAACGAAAGAAUGCAGAAAUAUCUAGUAUCAACUAAAAGAGAUACAAUAGGACAAGAAGCUAAUAAAUACCGUUCAGCUCUUUUAAAUGCCGAUCAAGGUGCCCAGUAUGAUCAAGUAAUAGAAAUAAAUCUAGACACCCUUGAACCUCACAUAAAUGGGCCUUUUACUCCUGACUUAGCCAGUCCUAUUAGCAAAAUUGGCGAAAACGCAAAAAAGAAUGGUUGGCCCAUAGAUAUCAAGGUGGGAUUAAUCGGUUCUUGUACGAAUAGUUCUUAUGAAGACAUGGGAAGAUGCGCCAGCAUUGCCAAAGAAGCUUUAGGCCACGGUGUAAAGUCCAAAAUACCAUUCAACGUCACCCCUGGAUCCGAACAGAUUCGUGCAACCAUAGAACGAGAUGGAAUAGCAAAAAUACUGAGAGACUUUGGUGGUACUGUUUUAGCAAAUGCUUGUGGUCCUUGUAUUGGUCAAUGGGAUCGAAAAGAUGUUAAAAAAGGGGAAAAGAAUACUAUUGUAACAUCUUACAAUAGAAACUUCACUGGUCGUAAUGAUGCUAAUCCCGCCACUCAUGCAUUCGUCACCUCCCCGGAAAUGGUAACUGCUCUUAGUAUCGCAGGAACCCUUAAUUUCAAUCCCCUCAAGGACGAGUUAACAGGCAAAGAUGGAAAGAAGUUCAAACUGUCAUCCCCGUACGCUGAUGAAUUGCCGAGCAAAGGUUUUGAUCCUGGCGAGGACACUUAUGUUGCUCCACCAAGUUCCGGAAGUGGUGUUAAAGUAGAUGUCGAUCCUAAAUCUCAACGCUUACAACUGCUUGAACCGUUCAAGAAAUGGGAUGGCAAAGACUACAUUGAUCAAACAAUUCUUAUGAAAAUUAAAGGUAAAUGUACAACAGAUCAUAUCUCGGCAGCUGGUCCAUGGCUUAAAUAUAGAGGACAUCUAGACAAUAUUUCCAAUAAUAUGUUUAUUGGUGCAACCAACUCUGAAAAUGGUGAAAUGAAUAAAAUAAAGAAUCAAUUGACUGGAGAAUGGGGAACGGUUCCAGAUGUUGCCCGUCACUAUAAAGCAAAUGGAGUAAAGUGGGUUGUUGUAGGAGAAGAAAAUUACGGCGAAGGUAGUUCUAGAGAACAUGCUGCUUUAGAGCCUCGUCAUCUAGGUGGCACCGCUAUUAUUGUUAAAUCUUUUGCUAGAAUUCAUGAAACAAACCUUAAAAAACAGGGUUUACUGCCUCUAGUAUUUGCUAAUGCUUCUGACUAUGAUAAAAUUAAACCUGACGACAAAAUAAGUCUUCUUGGCCUUAAAAAUCUUGCACCUGGAAAACCAGUUGAUUGCGAGAUCAAACAUAAAGACGGAUCUACAGAUAAAAUAAAAUUAAACCACACCAUGAAUGAACAACAAAUCGAAUGGUUUAAGGCUGGAAGUGCGCUUAACAGAAUGAAAGAAAUUAAGGGAUUACGAUAAAAAUUUUGAGGUAGAUGGUGAUUCUUUUAUGUAGCUGUGGAGUGUAUUUAGUUUUUG